AUGGUUUCCGUGUAUCCCGAUGUGCCCAUGUCUACUAAAAGCAAGACUAAAUCCCAAAAAUCCAAACCAGGCAACAAAAGAAAUUCAGAGUCGGACUCAUUCACAAAACAGGAUACUGUUGAUACUGAUGAACAAGACGAUCUGAGCAAAGUCUAUCAUUUGAUUGACUCGUUAAGUCGGGCUGUACUUGACAAAGCCUCGUGGGAAAACGAUGUUGUAAAUAUCGAAACUAUGGAAGCAUCUGCCACAGGUGAAGAUGAUCUUGCUGUUUACAUCAACUGGAAAAAUGGCAAAAAGACGGUUGUAUCCAGUAAAGUAGCCAAUACCAAAUGCCCACAAAAGAUUAUCAAAUUUUACGAAAAUCAUAUCAAGUUUGGAUAA